AUGCAGAACGACAGUAAAGAAACAACGACACUGCGACUUGCAGCUGACGAGAGCCCUACCACCGAUGAAAUCGCACAGACGGGACUUAAUAACGAACCGAUCCUUACAAGAGAACCAUUUUCAAUCGCUGCUGUACAGAAUGAGGACGCGCCAUGGUCGAUAUGGUCUCCGAAACAGAGAAAGAUGAUCAUUCUGACAGCCUCUUUCGCGUCGCUGCUCUCUCCCCUCUCAAGCCAAAUAUACCUUCCUGCUCUUGACACCAUCGCCAAGGACUUGAACGUCACGAACAGCCAGGUCAAUUUAUCAAUCACGACAUACUUGGUCCUUCAAGCUAUCGCACCGACAUUCACGGCCCAGCUAUCCGAUACCGUGGGUCGAAGACCUUUAUACAUGGCUUGUUUCGUCCUCUACAUGGCGGCCAACCUCGGAUUGGCUCUGCAAAAUAACUACGCGGCGCUGUUGGUGCUACGAUGCUUUCAGAGUGCUGGUAGCAGUGGGACCACGGCUUUGUCCAAUGCCGUGGCGACAGAUAUUACGACGUCUGCCCAGCGUGGCAGCUACAUUGUAUAUGCUGCAGCUAUUCCAAUGCUGGGACCAACGCUUGGUCCUAUAGCUGGCGGUCUGCUCGCUCAAUAUCGCGGAUGGCAUUCCGUUUUCUGGUUUCUCUUCGGGUUGACUGGCGCUGUUGCAGUUCCCAUGGCCAUCUUGUUCCCUGAAACGUGUCGCGAAAUCGUGGGCGACGGGUCUAUCCCACCACAAAGCUGGAAUCGAUGCUAUACGAACGUACGCAUGGAACGGAGAUUAAUGAAAGAGGGCAAGGAUGUGCCACACAAUAAACGCAAUGAGCUCGGAGCGUCACGAUAUGCUUAUAGCUGGAUUCCAAACCCCUCCAGCACAAUCACGCUGCUGUUAGAAAGGGAGUGUGGCUUCACACUGCUCUACGGUUCGUUGCUCUGCUGCUCGUUCUAUGCUACGCUCACUCUUAUCCCCUCGCAAUUCCACGAAAUCUACGGCUUUAACGAGCUCCAAAUCGCGUUAUGCUUUAUUCCUUUUGGAGUGGGUAGCCUCGUCGCCGCUUUCAACCGAGGGCGCAUGCUUGACUCCAACUUCCGCCGUCACGCAACUCGUCUCGGCAUCCCUACCGACAAGAACAAGCAGACGGAUCUCACUAACUUCCCUAUCGAGCGUGCGAGGCUUGAGGUCGCCCUGCCGACGAUACUCUUAGGCAGCGCAUGCAUGGUCGGCUUCGGAUGGACGCUGCACUACAAGACCAACCUAGCCGGGCCGCUGAUCUUGUUAUUUGUCAUUGCAUUUUGCCUCUCCGCUUCUCUGAACUGUGCUACAUGUCUUAUGCUGGACCUGUACCCGGGAAAGGCGGGCACUGUUACGGCUUCGAACAACCUGCUGCGUUGCUUGUUGGGAGCUGGCGCGACUGCUGCUGUGGUCCCGAUGAUCAACGCCACUGGAACUGGAUGGACCUUGACUGUAUUCGCCCUCCUCAAUAUCGUAUCUCUGCCACUACUGUGGCAUGUUAUGAGGCAUGGGCCGGGCUGGAGAGCUGAGACAUCACGUAAGAAGGAGAUGGAGCAAAACCGUGCAGUUGAAUCGACGACCUAA